UUAGGAUUUUGGGUCUGUCAAAACAUGGGUAUUGCAGAAAACAAAGGGGUUACUUUUGUUGUCUUCGUUGUAUCAAGCUUUUGGGUGAUUUCAUUGGCAGACCCUCAGACAAGUAUCGCAGGCUUCUACUGCAACACAACUACUGCUGCUUCAGGUGCUGUUCUUGCCAAUUACUUUGUUCCUGCAAUGGAUAAUCUAAGCUCUCUUGUUAAUCAAAAUGGGUUUGGGACUACCGUUGUCGGAGAAGGCCCAAAUGCUGUUUAUGCUCUUGCCCAGUGCUUCAAAGACCUAAAUUUAAUAGAUUGCUCACUUUGCUUCUCAGAAAUUCGAUCCAUUCUACCUAAAUGUUAUCCUAAAACAGGAGGAAGGAUUUUUCUGGAAGGGUGUUUUGGUCGUUAUGAAAAUUUUUCAUUCUUCAAUGAUACCAUGGAUUCAGAGGACUCAAAAGUAUGUAAUUACAGUAAGAAUAGUUCCUUGCCUGGUAAGUUUAUGGAAAUUGUCAAUGAGGUUGUUGGGAAUGUUAGCACAGAAGCUAUUAGGAAUCGGGGUUUUGCUGUUGGAUCGGUUUCAAACUCCAAUUUCUCAGUAUAUGCUCUUGCCCAAUGUUGGGAGAGCUUGGACAACCAGAAAUGCAAUAGUUGCCUCCAAGCUGCUGCUUCUUCUGUCAUUUCAUGUUCUCCAGCUGUUGAAGGUCGGUCACUUAAUGCUGGUUGUUAUCUGAGGUAUUCAACUGGGAUGUUUUGGAACUCAGUUCCAACCACCUCAAAUUCAUCAGGGAAUAAUAAGACCUUAUGGAUUAUUAUUGGUUCCUCUGUUGGAGUUGUGCUACUCUUAAGUGGAAUUGGAAUUGGGAUUUGGAAAGCCAAGGGAUGUUUCCGCAAGUCGGAUUCUAAGUCUCUUAAAGCUGUAUAUGGAGCAGGACUUUCUGCUACCAUUUCUCAGUCCAAGCUCAAUUUCAGAUACCAGGAAUUGAGAAAGGCUACCAAGAAUUUUGACACAUCCAACAAACUUGGCCAGGGCAGCUAUGGAACUGUGUACAAGGGUGUACUUCCUGAUGGAAGAGAAUUUGCGGUGAAGAGGUUGUUCCUGAAUACAAGACAGUGGGUUGAUCAGUUUUUAAAUGAAGUGGAACUGAUCAACUGCCUCCGCCACAAAAAUCUAGUUAAAUUGCUUGGUUGCAGUGCUGAUGGCCCCGAAAGCCUGCUUGUUUAUGAGUACUACUUCAACAAGAGCCUGGAUCAGUUUAUAUUUGACCAUAGUCGAGCAAAAGUUUUAGAUUGGGAGAAGAGAUUGGAUAUCAUUCAAGGGGUGGCAGAAGGUCUCUCUUAUCUCCAUGAGGAGUCGGAAAUCCGGAUCAUCCACAGAGACAUCAAAGCAAGUAAUGUUCUCCUUGAUGAUAAAUUUAAGCCCAAGAUAACAGACUUUGGACUUGCAAGAUCUUUUGCAGAGGGUCUAACCCAUCUUAACACUGGAGCAGUAGGAACGAUAGGAUACAUGGCUCCUGAGUAUGUUGUACAUGGUCACCUGACUGAGAAAGCCGAUGUAUACAGCUUUGGAGUUCUGACUCUUGAAGUAGUAACUGGUCAAAGUUGCACCAGUGAGGUGGUAUCACAGGCAGGGAAAUGUUUCUUAGCUAGGAUAUGGAGCCAUUACAAGGAUAACACAGUCGAAAAAAUAAUAGAUAGAAGUUUCUAUGAGGAUAGAGUGAAGGAUGAGAUCUUACAUGUGGUGUGUGUGGGAUUACUAUGCACACAAGCGACACCAGGUUAUCGUCCAACAAUGGUAAAGGUGGUGGAAUUGCUAAGAAGCAAUGGGGAUCAAGAGGACCUUUUACCAACCGACCCACCAUUUUUAGAUGUUUAAGCAAUGGAAAGCAAUGAAGAAGGUGAAAGCUCCCAUUUGUUAUCCCUGGUUUCUUCUCCAAGCCUUUCUGGAUCAUCAGAUUCCCUGAUACCUGGAAGAAGAGAUUACAUGGUAGAAGACACCAUGUGUUUUUUAUGUUACCUCAAUACAGG